UAGCUGAGGCUGUGACCUUGACCUAGCCUAGACCCUGCAAAUGAAUGAUCUGCCUCUAAACAGUAUGAGAUGAGCUGACCAGCAGUGACCUUCUGUGACCAGUCAUGCAGUCGCCCUCUUUAGCCAGUACUGCACCAAGCAGAGCCCAGACAUAAAAAGGGUGCACUGGGCUGGAGAAACCAUCACCUCUGCUGGGUCCUGGACUCAGAGCACCAGCGCCAUGGCCUGCCCCAGUCUCGCUUGCUGCCUGCUUUGCCUAGUGGCUCUGACCUCUGCCUGCUACAUCCAGAACUGUCCCCUGGGCGGCAAGAGGGCUGUGCUGGACAUGGAUAUCCGCAAGUGCCUCUCCUGUGGCCCCGGUGGCAAAGGGAGCUGCUUCGGGCCGAACAUCUGCUGUGCCAAUGGGCUGGGCUGCUUCAUGGGCACCGCCGAGGCGCUGCGCUGCCAGGAAGAGAAACACCUGCCCACACCCUGCCAGUCGGGUGGGAUGAGGUGCGGGACCCGGGGCCGCUGUGCCACCCAGGACAUCUGUUGCACACAAACUGACUGCUUCUUGGACCCUGCCUGCAACCCUCCUGAGUCUGCCUUCUCUGAGAGCUGAACCCACUGGGCGAUACCUUCAGAGUGCAUCCUUCACUUCCCAUGGCCAUCGCCAGAAAA